AAUCCUCAAUCAGCCUGAGAGUGAUUGAGCCGGGCGGUAAGCUGGUAGAGCCCGGGCCUGCUCUCCUGUGUCAGAUGCACACUGAGAGCCAAUGUGGAGGUAACCGUGGUCACUGUUUCCCUGAGGACCGUCUGGCGGCGAGGGCCAUUAAUUAUAAGAGACAGGGAGACAGACAGCUCGCCAGACAGACAGACAGACAGAGAGACAGAGAGACAGUACCGCAGAGAGCGCAGACAGGCCUGACAGGAGCAGGCCCGACAAAUACAAAGAAAGGAGGAAGAGCAGCACGCACGGCCAAGAAAAAUAAUCCUCCCCGUGUAGCUGCAGCUAUCUGCACCGCCCCUGCUUCUCCUCCUGCCCGUGGUGGACUAUGAGUAAAUACAUUCAGACAUAAUAACCCUUUUGUCAUAAGAGAAAGAAACGCGAUUUGCGACGGAGAUAAAUAAUUGAAAAAAAUGCGGCUGUCCGACUGCGCAUCCCUGGGAGUGAAUAGGGAAUUGCUGCGCCAGUGUCCCGGCUGAGAGACGGAGCCGAUCUUCCCCCAACAUAAGCUCCUGAGCUCUUCCCCCGUCUCAUUACACAAUAUCGCUGCCAAAAAAUCAUCGUUUCAAACAUGUGCGCAGGGAGACAGAAUAAAAGUUGUGUGUUGGCCAAUGCGCCCCUGCGUCGGUCCCAUCCUGCAGAAGCAUGUCCCGUCGGAAACAGAAACGACCCCAGCAGCUUAUGAACCUGACCCUCGGUGCCUGUCGGAUACUUGAGCAUGAUGACAACUUGGCAGUGAAGUCAAACUCCAUCCCAUUUAUCCUGGAUUCUCCCUUGUGCUCUUCAUCGUCCUCUCGUCAAAGCUCCCAGUUGCCCCUUGCUCUCCGUUCAUCUUUCGAGGACUCUCAGACCCCCACUCUACCCGCUGAGGGUCCACUAAUAUCCUGCUCACUGAGCCAGCCUCUCAAAGACCCCCAGCCCUCUCUCUCUCCUGACUUCCCUUACUCAUCUCUCUCUCCCCAAACUCAACAACCACCUGCCCUCCAAGAGUCUGCUUACAAUCCCACGUCUUCUGCGAGUGCCUUCGUCCACCCCUCCCGAAGCGCACACAUGGCGUCUCCCAAGUUGGGGCUGUCAGCUACCACCACCACAUCUUCUUCCUCCUCAUCGUCCUCCGCCUCCCUAUGUCCUCCACCGCACCCAGGGAGCCCUAGCCGUGUGCCUGAGGGCCCCCCGAGUCCUGUCACUCCCACUCCCAGCCCAGGAGUGACCUCGGCUUCAGCUGCUCCCUCGAGGGCCCAACUGAGCAUCGCCCUGAUCCUGGAGGAGCUUCGGGUGCUCCAGCAAAGGCAGAUCCAUCAGAUGCAGAUAACAGAAGAGAUCUGUAGACAGGUGCUACGCCUCGGUGGAGCCUCCUAUACCAUAGACACCCCCUCCCAGCAUCUCUUCCCUCCCCUGCCUCAACUCUGCCUAGAAGGCAGCAAAAGGGCAACCAGUCCAACCACCCAGCAGCCAACUGCACCACAGCCCUCCACCUCUGUUGCUCCUCUCCUGGCAUGUUUCUCCUCACUGCUCCCAUCUCAGGCAGCCAACAAACCCACAAAGCCAAGCAGCUCCCUGUCUCAAAUCCUGCAGCCCCACAAGCCCCAGAUGGAAGGAACAGGAGGGACUCCAGGGUCUCAUGGUUAUCUGAGGGUGAGUUCCCGAUCCUCAGCUCCCUCCACCACUUCCUCUGCUACCAUCUCCAUGGCGUCGCCCACUUAUCCCCUAGCCUUGUCUUUAGCUCUGCCCAACCGCUAUCUUCAUGAGAAAUCUUCAAAUACCACGUCAGUGAGUGGGCACAGUGGCCUGUCCUUCCUGAACUCAUCCCUCCCCACAUCAGUAUCCAUGGUCCAAAACCCCCAAAACGCCCUGCAGUCUUUCUCUGGAGGAGCAGACUCUUCCUCUGCAUCCAGCUCAACCGCUUCCGGCCGCCUCCAACAUGCUUGCCGCUUUUGUGGAAAAAUGUUCAGCAGCGACUCUUCCCUACAGAUACAUCUACGCUCACACACAGGGGAGCGACCCUACCAGUGUCCAGUGUGUCUCAGCCGAUUCACCACGCGAGGAAACCUAAAGGUGCACUUCCUACGUCAUCGUGAGCAAAACCCAGAGCUCUCACUUUCACUCCUGCCACCUUCUCUGUUCGGGGUAGCAUUGGGGGCAGCUGGCGGAUCAGAAAUGGGACAGACCAUGAGCAGUGGUAGCAGUACUAGUAGCAUGAAUAUGAUUCAAAGGAAACCAAAAGGCAGGCCUGAGGAUGAAGCAUGUGGUGAUAAAGUGGAGGCCAGUGGCACCAGCACUGGUUUUUCUCUGGGCGCCUCUGGAGGAUCUACCCCUUCAACACUGCCCCUGCCCCCUAGUGUAGACCUGGCUUUAAUUUCCCACUCCCUCCUGCAGCUCAAUAGGGCUGCAGCUGUAGCCGCUGCAGCCUCUAUCACUUCCGGCUCAUCCCACUCAUCCUCCUCUUCGUCAACCUCAACCUCUUCUCUGGCCACCUCCCUUCUCUCCAACCCUUCUUUUUCUUCGUCUUCCACCAUCACAGGGUUAUUCAAGGGUGCCAAGCAGCAGCACUUUGAUGAGAACACUCCACCUCAUGCCCCAAUACUUUCUUCCACUGCCUACUCCCAGCUAGCCCACCUACCUAAGCUCCUUUUCCCAUCUGUCUCCACGUCUUCCUCUACCCCUGCUGCACACUCAUCCCUCUACAACCAUCCAGCCUUGGGCCUGCUACGCACUCCACUACCCUCUACUCCUGGCUCCCACCAGCUUGCUUCUUCCAGCCAUUCUCAGUUUUCUUUCCCUUUUUCUUCCUUUCCUAAAGUCCCUGGUGCACCCAACACCACCACUGCAUCCUCCCUGCCGUCCUCCAUGGCUACCUCCACUCCUACAUCUGAAACUUCCAAGCUGCAGAGGCUGGUGGAGAAGCUAGAGAAGGCACCCCGCUCCCCUUCUCAAUGGACUUCUUCCUCUAAUUCCUCCUCCAUGCUGGAGAUGUUAUCUGGCAGUGCCACUACCUCUUCAAGUUUAGCCAACAGUCGUCUCACAAAUGCCAGCACUUCAACCACAUACGUCAUGGCGUCCCCACCAUCUUCGACUCGUGCUUCCACAUCUGUUUCAAACUUAACCCAUGAGAUGGUUGCAGCCCUAGGCAUGAGUGCCAAUGCAGCAAAUGCCAUGGCAGGAGGCUUGCUACCAUCACUAGGCAUCACAGGUUCAGCUGGAAACCUGACAACCAAUCAAUGUGGGGUGUGUCUCCGGGUACUGAGCUGUCCCAGAGCACUGCGCCUGCACCAGGCUACGCACCUUGGAGAACGCCCCUUUCCUUGUAAGAUAUGUGGCAGGUCCUUCUCCACCAAAGGCAGCCUGCGGUCACAUCUGGCCACCCAUCAUGCUCGUCCCCCCAAUUCACGUGUCCAGAACUCCUGCCCUCUGUGCCAGCGCAAGUUCACUAAUGCCCUCGUGCUCCAGCACCACAUCCGUAUGCACCUUGGUGGACAGUUGCCCACGGAUGGAGGGGAGGAUUCUGCACAUGAGAUGCCAGCUGAAUCCAAUGGCAAACCCUUGUCACAAUCUCACUCCCAGUCAACUGAUCCAAAUACCGUCCCGAGUAAAACACCUCCUCUAGCAGGGCACUCCAAAAGCUCAGCCCCAAGCUCUCAAUUCCAAACUCCAGCAGAUGGGUCGGCCCCUUUAUCUGGCACUACGAAAUCAGUUGAGGUCACCAAAAACCCCAGCAAGUCUGCGUCCUCCAGCCCAGACCUCAUCGCCCCCUCUGACCUUAGCCCUGACCCCUUCAUAAACCCCACCGCACAAUCUCCCCCACCAGGCAGUGUGGAGCCCCCUGUCCUUUGUGUCAGUGCCCCUGUACCAGCCUCCCAGCAGACGGAUCAAGCUUCCCCAGUUGGCAAAGAUAACCAAGUUGAACAACAAGCUACUGCCGAUGCCCAGCUUAAUAAAUCCAACACCUCACCAAUUUCCUCCAGUAUUACCAAAACCGCAGUGUCAACUAAUGCUAUGGAAGUGGACUGUGGAGAGGAUGAAGCAUCUACCUCUUCUGAUGCCUUCCUUGGCUGCAGAUCCAAUCUGGAGGACUUGCAGAGCACACCUGCCCUGGGUGACCCCUUUGCUUUCACCAGCCCCAGUACAUCCUCUGACCCACUCCUGAGUCAAGAUGUUCCUAAUGUUAUUGCAACACCAACCUUGGAGUCGGAGUCCGCCUCCCCAAGGCCCCAAUCACCAGAACCGAUGGAGGAGGACAAAGACCAGUCUUCUCCACCAGCAACACCAAAGCAAGACCAAGCAACUGUGCCUGACGAGGACCCCAACAUGGCGUCCACUCUGGAUACUGCUGACGCUAUCGGUGCUGAAGUAAGGGGUUCGUCGCAGAGAGCUGCCCCUUUCGUAAGGGAGACACGUCAGAGCUUUCAUUUCGGUUCCUACGGGAGGGAAGAGCGGAUGGAAGAUGUUAAUAUUAGUGGAUUGGCUCCAGUUGAAGCACUGGAUGGUUCUGUACCCAUCAACCUCGCCCCAACCCUCCCAUCUCCACUGUCUCGUCCUGAGAAGAAGACCUACUGCUGUGCUGAGUGUGGAAAAGAGUAUGCCAGUCGCAGUGGCCUGAAGGGGCACAUGAAGCACCAUGGUGUAGCAACCAAAACGACGCGUCCACCAGCCCGGAGUAGUCGUUCCUCCACUGACCAACUUCCUUCUUCUACAUCUUUGGCUUCCUUGAACAUUCCUGCCACCAGGAGCUCAGCAGGCUUCUGGAACCAGUACCAGGCCUUCCUCAACACCAGUAACGAGCCCAGUGAUGACCCAGCGGCCGGCAGUCAAGGAGAGAACGAGUCAGCGCGGUCUGCAAAAUCACCCGUUCGAUCUCAGGUGGAUCCAAGAAGUGGUGAGGAAGCUGGAGAAGAGCCUGGCGAAGGGUCGUAACUCUAGUCGGCGUACUGGGUUACUGGGUAAUGUUCCGGUGUUUCCAAUCAAUGUUUACCUUUUGGUGAAACUGUAUGAACAUUUGCAUAGUACUGCUUCCUUAACACAUUUCAAGUAGCCUGUCAGUUUGAUAGUCAGAGUAAUAUGUUUGUAUGUGAAAGUUGUGAGUCAAUCAGCUUGGUCUUGUGUUUAAAAAAAAAAAGGACAGCUAAUGUACAAAUAAAGAUGAAAAUAUUCAAGAAGUCCAGUUUUUGUACAUUCUGGAUUUGGUAAAAAGCGGCACUACUUUUGUCUGGCUCAAGUUGUUAAUAGUUUGAUGCACAUUCUAACAAAAAAAAGAAUAUCCCUGUUGUAUCAAUGUGUCGUAGAAGACCUGGGUCAAAUAAUUCUGAUAUGUUUUAAUUGUUUUUUCGUGUUGCUUUAUACUUACCAGGUGCAGAUAGGUAAGGUUUACCACAUUUAACCCUUUGAUGCACAACAUAUUGACCCCCCUUCUAAUGCACAACAUGGGUCAAAAAUGACCCGCAUUCAUUUCCAUGUUAUUUAAUGCUUGCUGUGUGUUUCUGUGCUCUAUCUUUUGAAAUCAACUUAUUUUAUGAUUGGAUAUUCCAAGUAUUCUUUAAAUAUCUUGUUUUUGAUAACAACAGUCAUUAUUUCCAUUUUGCUUCUCAUACUUUAUGAAGAAAACCGUUUUUGUAUUUUUACAUAGCUAACUACUUGGCUAAGUAGCUUGCUAAGUUAACUACAUAGCCAAGAAGUUAGCUAAGUAGUUAGCUUAGCAAGCUACUUAGCUAAAUACUUAGCCAAGAAGUCGGCUAAGUAGUUAACCUAGCAAGCUACUUAGCCAAGAAGUUAGCUAAGUAGUUAGCUUAGCAAGCUACUUAGCUAAAAAAAUGGAUAUGGGUCAUUUUUGACCCAUGUUGUGCAUUAGAAGAGUAGUGACACAAAAAGGUAAAAAAAAUAAUAAAGGAAAACAUGAAAUUAGGAUGUAUGAUGAUCAAAAACAAACUAAUUGAGGAUAACCUGGAAUACAGAAUGAUGAAAAUAAUUUAUUGCAAAGAUAUAGAACAUAAAAACUCUGUCGGGUCACUGUAGACCCAUGUUGUGCAUCAAAGGGUUAAACAAAUUUGGUAUUAUUAGCUAAUUAGUGAGUCACAGGAUAGUCCACUGAAAGAAUAGUUUCAGAUAACUGUUAAUCAGUGUGUAAACAUGUUGGUACUCGUCGUGUUGUGCCAUGUACCAAAUCUGAUCUCUAACAGGCACCAAAGGAGGCUCCAGCUAACCAAAAUUUAAUUACUCUGCAAAUGCUUCCCGACCUAGGUCUGUUUCAUAUUUAAAGAUUCUUUCCUUCAGUCACAGACGGAACUGAUAUAAAUGAGGAAAUUAGCUAAGCAAAAGUUUUGCUCUGUGAGGAGCACACAAGGCCAACAAACUGAAUGUGUUUCUGUGGGGAAUAUUAAGUCUUUUGUCCCUUUCCUCAUCUUGUGAUUCAGAUAAACUGCUCACUCAUGUCAUUGUGAUUUACUUUUCACUAUAUUGUCCCGUCGAACCAGAAGCACAGCUGCAGUAUUUGUGAACCCCGUGAGGACAUGGUCUUGUGUGUGAUCUUUGACCCUUCAGCUUUGUGAAUAUUAUGAUUGUUGUUUGGUCCAAAAAGUAAUCUCUGUAACACUUUUUCAGUUACUAAAAACUUUACGUUGCUAUAUAUAUCAGGAGUCUAUGUCUGUUUGUUGUAAGCUGUACUUUCAGUAUCUCCAUAUUAAAAAGCAGUUUGGAAAAAAAAAUA